CCUUGGCCGCCUAUUCGCCUUCCAGUUGCCUCCGCACUAUAUAAACACUCAUUGGUGCCUCUGGCUGGACGCGCACACACACACUCUUUACGCACGCACUAACACACACACACGCACACACACAUACUGGAGUGUAUGGGCAGCCAGCAGAGAGAGAGCAAGAGAGAGAGAGAGAGAGCCGCUCAGAAACAGAAAGGUACACAGAGAAAAGAGUGGACGACAGAAAGUAAGAGAAGGAGAAGAAGGACGGAGGCUCCUGAGCAUCUCUCUGCACGCGCACCUUUCCACUCCUGCACGGAUCUUAAAAACUUCUCCUCACUUUCCUCGACUUUCCUCCACAGAGAUUAAAACUUCUGCAAUUCAACUUUGAUUUUGAUUUUGCUGUUUUUUGGGGAGUUUGAGAGAGACGCGAAUCCUGGAAGAGUUUUCGUUCACUUUUCAAUCUCUCUCUCUUUCUUUUCUUCUAAGAAAGUCUUUCCACUUCAUCCCUCGAGAAGUUUUCACAAACUUUAGUCCUCAUCAGCUCCAGGACUCGACUUUUUCCACGUGUCCCGGCGUUUUGACAUAAACGUGCGUUUCAUCACCUCGAGGGUUUGACACGAGUCUCCUAGUUCCAGACUUCUUCUUCAUCUUUAGGUCCCUGACCCACAACCGAGACCAAACAUGAGAUUCCAAACACCAGGACAGUCCCGAGCCUCGAGAGACUCCAGAUCCUUAAAGCAUUAAAACCAGUGGUUGUGUUUCUCCACUCCGCACGAGCUGAGGUGUGAUCCUGCAGCUCCGGGGCCGCGCUGCUCACCUGUGGCUCAUCCACAGCUCAGGCGACACGUUCCUCUUCACCCUUUACGCACAGAAACGCCACUUUGUGACUGUUUCGUUACAAACUGGAGCUCCAGUGCGUCUGAAGGAGAAAACACCCUCAGUUCAUUCAUUCUGAGAAACACACAGCCGCUUCUUGUGACUUCCAGAGCGCGUUGGAGCGCGUGAAGGAGCGCUGCGCUUUUACGCACCAAAAAACAAACAAACUUUUAAGCGUCCAACUUUUUUUAAAUUGUCCCGAGGAUCCUGAUCUUUUUUCAGAAAUAGGAAAAGCUUCCUGCAGCUUUGUGAGCAGACGUCCCGAGCUCCAGAGAGACGCGCCGGGCUUCUCCAUCACGAUGCUGUUCGACAGCUUCGACCUCGUGUCGGCUCUGGCCACCCUGGCCGCCUGCCUGGUGUCCAUGGCCCUGCUCCUCGCCGUGUCGCAGCAGCUGUGGCAGCUCAGAUGGACGGCGACGCGGGAUAAAAACUGCAAGCUGCCCAUGCCGAAGGGAUCCAUGGGCUUCCCCUUCAUCGGAGAGACCUGCCACUGGCUCCUGCAGGGUUCGGGCUUCCACGCGUCCCGGAGACAGAAAUACGGCAACGUGUUCAAGACCCACCUCCUGGGCCGGCCCCUGAUCCGGGUGACGGGCGCCGACAACAUCCGCAAGGUUCUGAUGGGCGAGCACACGCUGGUGACGGUGGACUGGCCCCAGAGCACGUCCACGCUGCUGGGACCCAACUCGCUGGCCAACAGCAUCGGGGACAUCCACCGGAAGAGGAGGAAGGUGUUCGCCAAAGUGUUCAGCCAUGAGGCCCUGGAGUCCUACCUCCCCAAAAUCCAGCAGGUCAUCCAGGAGAGCCUCCGGGUGUGGAGCUCCAAUCCCGAGCCCAUCAACGUCUACAGGGAGAGCCAGAGGCUGUCGUUCACCAUGGCUGUGAGGGUGCUGCUGGGCUUCAGGGUGUCCGAGGAGGAGAUGAGGCAUCUGUUCUCCACGUUUCAAGACUUUGUGGACAACCUGUUCAGUCUGCCCAUAGAUCUGCCCUUCAGCGGCUACAGGAAGGGAAUCCGUGCACGAGACACGCUGCAGAAAAGCAUCGAGAAGGCCAUCAGGGAGAAGCCGCUGUGCUCGCAGGGGAAGGACUACAGCGACGCGCUGGACGUCCUGAUGGAGAGCGCCAAAGAGAACGGCACCGAGCUCACCAUGCAGGAGCUGAAGGAGUCGACCAUUGAACUGAUCUUUGCUGCCUUUGCCACCACCGCCAGCGCCAGCACCUCCCUCAUCAUGCAGCUCCUCCGCCACCCUGCCGUCCUGGAGCGGCUGAGGGAGGAGCUGAGGACCAGGGGCCUCCUCCAGAACGGCUGCCUGUGCCCCGGGGAGCUGAGGCUGGACACCAUCGUGAGCCUCAAGUACCUGGACUGUGUGAUCAAGGAGGUGCUGAGACUGUACACGCCCGUGUCAGGGGCCUAUCGGACCGCCAUGCAAACCUUCGAGCUCGACGGAGUCCAGAUUCCCAAAGGCUGGAGCGUGAUGUACAGCAUCCGGGACACCCAUGACACGUCCGCGGUAUUCAAAGACGUGGACGCGUUCGACCCCGACCGCUUCAGCCAGGAGCGGGGGGAGGACAAAGAGGGACGCUUCCACUACCUGCCGUUCGGAGGUGGCACCCGGUCCUGUCUGGGCAAGCAGCUCGCCACCCUCUUCCUCCGCAUCCUCGCCAUCGAGCUGGCCAGCACCAGCCGCUUCGAGCUGGCCACCCGGGAGUUCCCCCGCGUGGUCACGGUACCCGUGGUCCACCCGGUCGACGGGCUGAAGGUCAAGUUCUACGGCCUGGACUCCAACCAGAACGAAAUCAUGGCCAAGACAGAAGAGCUGCUGGGAGCAACAGUUUGAAGGGCGGCGAGUUGACGAGUGGGCGCGGGGUGGGAGGGGGGGGUGAGUGAUCGAUGAGAUCUUGAGGGAGAAGUUGGAAAGAAGGAAAGAAGGAAUUUCAGAGUUAUAUUUUCUUCUCCACCUUUUUUCGGCCGAGUUGGAGGUUUUCUUUUUUCAGACUAAAAGAAAAGCAGAGGUCUUUGUCUCUCGUUACAGCUGAAGAUGAGGAUCGGGACUUCCCUCUGAGAAAGGAAGGAGCUGCCAAAAAAAAGUUAUCAAUUAUGCUCUAUUCUGUGUAUUUUUUUAAAUAAAUAUACAAACAAAAUGUAUGUACAAAAAAAGCUAUGUAAUAUAAUUUGAGAAGAGAAUGUGGGUAGUGCACAAAGGGAGAGAGAGAGAGAGAGAAGUACGGUGGAGUAAGAGAAGACGGUCGUGGGAGGACGGAGAGAUGGAUGAAACAGGGUAUAGGAUGAGAGAAAAUUAUGUUUUAGCAUUUUUGCUUGUGCUUAAUCAAAAUCAAUGAACCGCUUCAGUUGUAUCUUGCAGGGUAAAAUGUGGAUCUAUAGACUGAAAGUUCAAGUUCGAGUCCAAGUCGGUUAAUUCUCCGGUCAGACUUCUUCAUGGUGCCACCGAGAUCCAACUGGACUGGAAAAAAAGGUGUUUUCUUAUCAAAGUCAAAAAUCAAAUUUGUCUACUAGCUUCCAAGAUGGCAUCUAACGGGUCACAGCACAUUGGGAAGCAGGUUGUUAACAGCGAGUCGAGCUAAUGAGGAUUUAUCAUCAGUUCAGGCAGUGGAGGAAACGGCUGUGCCUAGAAGGGUGAGGUAGGAGAGAUCGUGGCUGAAUGACUUUAGCGGCAGAACACACAACAUUCAAUGCAAGUGGCAAUUUGUUGUUCAACGAUUGUUGCCUGCUGGUUUCUCACAAACUCACCUAACGCAUGAAGGGUGAGAAACCACAGAACUUUUAUUUAUGGGCUCUUACUGAGGAGUGCAGUUAGGUUUGCAGUAAAGAGGAGAAGAGGGUGGUCUUCUUACAUUUUGGACGAAAUACAAACUGCACUCAUAAGAAACUGCAAACCCAUAAUUCCACAUUGGAAAUUCUACCUUGAACUUUGGGUUUUUCCUCAUUAUCUCCUGUGAGAACGUUAAAUCACUUUCUUCCUCGUCUCUGCAACACAAAGGUUUCCAAUCUGUGUUGACUCAAAACGUCGCCCUUAUAUAUAUAUAUAUAUAUAUAUGAAGCAUAUCCAAGUAGCCUUGGUGGUGUGUGAACUCAGGUGCUGAGUAGACGUAGUGGUGAAUCAUGAAUAAACCGUUGCUUUGUGAUAUGUAACUCUGAAUGACUGCACAUAAAAACACUAUCCCUUCCUCACUGUUGUAGUUUCUGAGCUGGACCAGUUACUUUCUUUUUUUGGAAAAACUACUUCUACUUUGCUUCCUGUUCACAACAAACAUAUCAGGGGUUUCCUUCUCUUCCACUCCAUGUAUCUGCGUCUUUCAACCAUUCCGCUUUGGGUGCAAACAGAAUAAAACCUGCAGGAAUUCCCAAUAUGCAUCGGGCAAGAUAGAAGCAGCCGAGUCCAGGUCAAACAGUAAUAAGGUCCAGGCCUGCUUCGAAAACUCUCUGAACCGGGGCUUUGAUUUAUAAAGUCCACGUCCAAGUUCUGUCCAAGGUUGUCCUUCCAAACCAGAGGCGGAGAGGAAGGUGGCGCUGGACGGGAGUUGACCUACACACAUGCUGCUUGAGUGUUGCCUUGUCCUUCUGUGUCUGUUUACGUGUCCUUACUUUCGGUCGUUUUUUAAAGUUCUGUGGAGAAGGUGACGUUCUGUCUUGCUGCUCCUCCUCCAAUCAACGCUAAGAAUGCAAAAAAGCAAAAUGAGUUCCACGGUUUGAGCGACUUUAUUAGCUGAAAGAGAUUUUUAUUGUUUGAGGUGAUUGCACAAUCAGGACUCUCGGCGCUCCGUGUGCACCGGUAACGGAGAGAGGACGUUUUCCUUCCUGUUUCCCCGUGUGUGGGAAACUUCAGCCGAACUCUGGGACUCGUCGGCGGAACUCGUCGGACUUUCUGGAAUCCGCCGACAGAGUUCGAAAAAAGAUGGACCAAUGGGGUUUCAGGGGAGGGCAGGGCCAAGCUACGAGGGCUUUUCCUAUUGGACGAUGUCGUCCAAUAGCAUUCCAGAUGGAUUCUGCCUGUGCCAGACAUUGUUCACUCUUUCUACCAACUACACCACUGAUCUCUUCACGAUAAAAAUAUGAAAAUCGAGUUUUUUUGCUGCUUUUCUUGUGUAUAUUUUCUAAUUGAGAGUUCUAGAUUGCAAUAGUUUGUAUCAAUGAAAUUUGGCAUUUCUUUCCCUUUAUAUACAUAUAUAUAUAUACACACAUAUAUAUAUGUAUGUAGUAGCUGAUUAAAAUAUUUGCAUUUUGUGAAAACUGAGAGAGCAUUUAUAGGUUAUAUGUAUAUUAAUUUGUACAAGGUUCCUUUCUUUAGCAAGCCAUGGGGAAAAUCAGCUAUUUACGUCUACUAAUCUAACCUAUUAAUGUUAUUGUAUGAUUAAUAUUGUUGUUAUAAGAUAUUUGAAAUGCUAUUUUUUAUUCUAUUAAAGAUUUUAGAGUUUUUAGCCUAAAUAAGAAGUUCUUUGGUAAAUAUUGGAUGUAUUUAGAACGUUAUGUAUUUUCAGUUAUAUUGUAAACAGUGUUUAAAAUGUUAAUAUUGUCGAUUUGAUUACUGUAAUAAUUAUUAUUUGUUUUGUUAUUCAGACUCAUUAUCGCUGCAUUUUAUUUGAUAUUAAUUAUGGAAAACAGAAAGCACUUGCGAGGUAUGUCUAUUUUUUAAGUGCCAUGCGACUACACCCCCCCCCCCACCUGUCUUAUGUCUGUACAGAAAAAUUCUUUUUACAUGAAACAAAAGUUCAUCUAGUUUAAAUAUGAAUGUCUUGUUCUUCUUUCCUUCUUUCCUUUUUGUUACCGUGGUUGUUAAAUGUACUCCUGUAAUAAACUAUAAAGUGAAACGA